AUGAACGGGUUCGAUACUCAUUCACUUAUCAAAGGCCACACCUUCAGCCAUACCAACGAUUACUGUGACAAUGGGCGUACAGCAACUCGUCCCGUGUUUGUGGGACCCUCCCAAAGCCAUCAGCUGUGCCUACGUGUCAGCCGCCUCGAUACUUCACCCGUCCGGUCCUAUGUCCCAGAACGCACCCAACCCCACCGCUCUCGUAACUCAUGCGGACACGUCUCGUCCCACUGUGAUGAAGAUGCGGUUCCAGAAAUAGAGAUUCUGAUGCAGUGUGUCACCACUUCUCAGGGUGAAUCACGACACCAAAGUGCCGAAGUUGUGGGACUAGGCGUUUCUAGGCGAAAAGCCAUUCCCAACGUGUUUACCUUGGAACAGCAAAAUGGCACUCGAAGGGAUGCUGAUGUCGGUGGUGGCAGCGAUUAUGAUGCGGGCGAUUCAGGUGGAGAACGGUGGUGUCCUCAAUACUGUGUUCCAAGUUGUGCCAACCACGCCACAAGGAACAGUCGAGUUUGA